AUGUCAAAUUCCAAUUCGGAAUUUAUUGAAUUAAAUACUCCAACAAAUUUAGAUAUAAUAUCAGAUAUAAAAUUUAAUAAUAAUUUAAAUGAUUCAAAAUUAUUAAUUAGUUCAUGGGAUAAUUUAAUUUUGCUUUAUGAUUGUAAAUCAUUUAUAAAUUAUUUAAAAAAUGAACCUCCAAUAACAAAUCCCAUAUUUGAUAUAAAAAUUAAUGAAACUCCUUUAUGUUUACAAUAUACUGAAUUUACCAAUUUACCAAUUGUUGGAUUAUUAGAUGGUUCUAUUAAAGAAAUUGAAUUUGAAAAUUUAAAUUUAGGGAGGAAUAUGGGUAAAGAAGUAGAUAUUGAUGAUUUUCAAAGUGGAAUUAAUUAUUUAAAAUUAGGAAUUAAUAACACUGUACUAGCUAGUUCUUUUAAUGGUCAAUUACAAGUUAUUGAUACUAAAAUACGGAAACCUACUACUGUUAUUAAAAACAAUCGAAAAAUCAUAGUUAUGGAAACUUCAAAUAAUUAUUUAAUUUUAGGAUUAACUGGUAAUAUAAUUGAAAUUUAUGAUUUAAAAAAUUUAAAUAAACCAAUAGAAACAAGAGAAAUUGGAUUAAAAUAUCAAAUUACUGAUAUAAAAGUUUUUCCUGAUCAACAAGGAUUCGCUGUAUCAUCUAUAGAUGGACGUGUUUCAAUUGAAACUUUUAAUGAUACCACCAAUGAAAUUAAUUCAGAAAUUCAACAAAGUUAUGUUUUUAAAUCUCAUAGACAUUUCGAUCCAAAUACAGAAACUGAUUUAGUAUAUCCAAUAAAUUCGAUAACUUUCAAUAAACAUACUUCACAAUCAUCAUCAAAUAGAAAUACUCUACUAUAUACUGGUGGAUCAGAUGGUUAUAUAUGUUUAUGGGAUAUAAAAAAGAGAAAAAGAUUAAAACAAUUUCCAAAAUUUAUAAAUAAAGAAUUAGAAACAAAUGAAACAUUAACUGAAAGUAUUGCAAAAUUAGAUAUAAAUUUAAAUAAUAAUUUACUAGCUGUUGCAACAAGUGAUGAUAAUUAUAAAAGGAAAAGAAGAAUGUCAGAAACUGAAUUUUCAAAAUUACCAAGUAAAAUAUAUUUAAAACAAUUGAAAGAUCUAUGA